CUUUCCCUCCCGCCUGUAACAGACAGGGUCAGAAUCUGGGACGAGAAAGCAAGCUUACUCUGGUUUUCUUGCUGAUGUGCACCUCUCCUGGAGACGUCCCGCCAGGCCUUCUGUGGUUGAAGGGCAGAGGGAAAGUUACUCGAUUCCCCCGCCUCCUUCCCCCUUCUAGUAGCCGAGGGCACAUUUCCCAGAUCUUAUCACAUCCGCAAUUCAAAAAGUGCAUCGAUCUGUAAAAAGCGCAGCUUUUAACUUAAAAGGAAGAAAGAAGCCAAUUAAACUCGAGAUGCACUGCAAUUUUUCUCUGAGGGGCUAGUUGAUUUGAGCCCCGAGGGUAAAUACUGUAGCAAAGCAGGACUGCCCCUCAGUAGGUGAAUGAAGGUGCAGCUUGAAAUUCCAAAGUUUGGGGAAGCUUGUGGUUCUGUGGACUGGUUCUCUGGGCUUGGGUGAGUGGGUGGGAGGAGGCAUCUGAAGAGCGGUAACCGCCGUAACAGACUGAAUCGACCUAGAAGGAAUGAAGCUUCGGGAACAUGAAGUCUCUUUUGAAAACAUUCAAAAGGAAGAGCGAGGGAACCAUUUAAAAGAGACUGGGAACCGUGGCUGCAACACUGGGGCCUGAGGGCUGGCAGUGGAAAACCCUCCUAAGCUGUGAUAUAUCACCAAAAAGCUCUUGGUGCCUUUUUGCCUCCUGCAAAAGAAGAGAAGAGGACAACAAGACAAUGUCAAUAGCCCUAAAGCAGGUUUUCAAUAAAGACAAGACCUUUCGGCCUAAGCGAAAAUUUGAACCUGGUACACAAAGGUUUGAGCUCCACAAAAGGGCACAGGCCUCUCUGAACUCUGGGGUGGACCUGAAGGCAGCAGUGCAGCUACCCAGUGGGGAAGACCAGAAUGACUGGGUUGCUGUUCACGUAGUAGACUUCUUCAACCGUAUCAACUUGAUCUAUGGCACGAUCUGUGAGUUCUGCACUGAGAGGACCUGUCCUGUGAUGUCUGGGGGCCCAAAAUAUGAGUACCGGUGGCAGGAUGACCUUAAGUACAAGAAACCUACUGCAUUGCCAGCCCCCCAAUAUAUGAACCUUCUCAUGGACUGGAUUGAGGUACAGAUCAAUAAUGAAGAUAUAUUUCCUACCAGUGUAG